UACUUAUAUUUGAAGAUUGCAAUAUAUUGUCAAAUAUUUUAUAUAUUUUUUCAUUGUACUUUUCUUAAAAGUAAAGUUAAAAUCUCGUCUCGUUCUCGCAGACCCAAUGAACUGAUGUGAACCCCUAAUUUAUAGGGACCAAAGUAUUGGGACACUUGGCUAUUACUCUUCUGGAAAGACUUUCUCUAAGAUCAAUACAUAUUUGAAAAUCCAGUACAGUAAUCCCUCAUUUAUUGCGGUUAGCUGGUUCCAGUGAAUUUCCGCAAAGUAGGAUUCCUCAUUUAUAAAUUGAAUAUUUUUGUAGUUAGAGCUUUGAAAACCUGUUUAUGACUUUCUAAAUAUGGUUUUUAACAUUUUUAGCGCUCUCUAGACAUAAAAUAACACCCAAUAUAGUAGACAUAGCAAAAGAAAAUAAGACAUCUUGGACAUAAAUGAGACAUAACAUAGACUCACACGUUAGCAUUGACAGCGUACUUCCAGUGAUGGCUAUUAUCUCAUCAAUGUAACGUUACUGACACCUAGAGACCAGUGUAGAAUACUACUGCAAUGCUGCUGUUUGAGACUCACAAUGCACUUUAGUCGUGGUAUUAACAGGCAGAGAACACAUAAGCAGCGAACAUUCACACAGGAGCUGCUGUCGGCCACAACUCGCACCAGUCGCUCGCACUCUCCACACUUCUCACCAUGCUAACACUCAGCUAAACACAGUCACACACGUCACUUCCAGGGCCCUGCCCUUUAAAGGCACACACGACAAGUCAGAUAUUACACGUGGGCCAAUAAAAAACAGGGGCCGCACUUUGGACACUCCUGAUUUACACUAAGUGCUGGAACGCCUGAUUGUUUGUUGAGUCAGUGUUGACUUUAUGUUUUUGUCCAUGCGCUGCGUAAAGAAGAAAUGGUCUGGAGUGGUUAAAUAACACUAACAGUGAAUGAGGAAGUGAUUGGUAGUGGAUAAGUGCACAGUCAUGUUUUUUUUAGUAUUUUGGUUGCUCUUCUUAAUCUAUGUAAGUGCUUAAAUGUGUGAAAUCCACAGUUGUUUACUGCAGAGGGCUGAGGUUGUAAUAUAUCUCCUUUUUUUGUUGUUGUUUGGACUCCGGCUAUCAUCUAUAACUCUGAUGGAGCUGUCUUUGCUGUCAGCAGCAGCAGCGGCACAAUCAGGCCGAGAGGUGAUGGAGAGAUUUAUCAGGCUGCAAGAGUAAUGUCAGCAUCCCAAGGCCCCCCGGGACCCUCCCCGGGCCUGGGGUGGGGGUCAGAAUGAGUGAAAUUAGUUGAAUAAAAAUGAUCUAUGAGGGCGCAGAGUGGGGGGUGAUAUGCAGGCAAGUAAACUGAAAGGGACUUAAUAAUAAGUAAAAAGUUAGGGGACCUCCUGAUGGGCCGGCCCCGUGCUCCUCUUGCCGCCCAAUUUGUUUGGAACACAAAACAUCGCCAUGGAGACGUUCUCGCCACGUUGCUAUGGCAGCAGACCCACUUCUGGUUCUCUCGCUUUCUGCCAUGUGAGCGUGGAGCUUUUAGAAUCGUCAGUAAAUGUCAACGAAACAUUUGCAUACUCACAAACAAGCAAGGAGGCGGUGUGUCAGCAGCAAGCACAGGCACACACACACACACACACGCGCACACAAACACACACACCGAGUGCAGUAGCAGUGCAUGCCAGGCCCUCAGGAGGUGCCAGGAACCCUCUGUCCCACAGCCACCCUCUGUUCACUUGGAACAAAAAGCCUUUAUAUCUGCAUGUUAUGUCUCGCUCACCCCGCAAAGCACCCCCUUGCGCCUCCUCACCCGCACCUGACAGUCACGCCAUCCUCUCCCUGUCUUCGCCACAUUUAACCAUCUCAACUGUGAUCAACCCCAACCGGUGCCCUUCAGCUGAUGGGCCCGAGGAGGCCAUCGCCACCAUAAUGAGCGUUCCAGCCCAACCCCCCCAAACCGUGCAGAUCAGGAGUGAUUUCACCUAAACCGUGAAGUCAGCCUCGGUAAUGAAGCUGCCCCACCCUUCACAUCCACUCUCCAUAACAGCGCUUUUAUUGUGUGUGUGUGUGUGUGUGUGUGUGUGUGUGUGCAGUCCAGCAUGGCCAGCCACAGCUAGACAGUCCUGUGUACUUUACCCAUAAUCCUUAGGGAUGCACACUGAAUCAAACCCACUUUCUUUUUUCCCCACAUGCUUUGUGUUUGUGAGUGUGUUAGCUUGGAGAUUUGACACUGAAUUCCCCGACUGUAAGAUUAUUUGUUUUUUUUCUGGUCUGGAUACCUUCUUUCGUUCUGUACGAGCGCCAUGUUCACGUACAUUAUUUGUUGUUCCCUUGAACCACUUUGUCCUUGCUUGACUGUUCAACUUUUUAUCUGAUACCGCUGGCUAUUGCACCCCGUCGUAGAUAUUCUUCCCUAUUUAUUAUUGCUUCAAACAAACAGUUUAUUGGCAAAUCUUUUUUUUUUUGGUUUAUUUCAUCAGGCCUUACAAGGUCGUGGUUACCGGUAUUUCAAUUAAUUGGUUUGUGUUUCCACCAAGUUAUAUUUAUACUGGAAAUACAGUCGCCCCUCACCACUUUUUCAGCAUUUUCAAGGAUAAAAAUGCCUUACAUGAAGCAAAAUACAACUAUAAGGUAUUUAAACGGUGCAGCCAAAGACGUUGAAGAUAUGGAGUAUUCUACACUGGUCAGCCUAUACGUCAUCUGAAGGCGUGUAUUGCCGUGCUUACCGAGACUUUAAAGGUACUCACGGAUGUAGGCAGCCAUCGAAAAGCGUGGUUUUUUGUGCAAGACUUGAAUAAAGGUACUCACCGAUGUAGGCUAAAGUUUGUCUUCUCAAAAUGUUUUAAUAGGUAUUUGUGAAGCAGAUCUCGUCAAUGUCUCACCACUACUGCCUCAGACAUCCAACCAAACGCUCCUUGGCAGCAAGUUGUCUAUGAACUGCCAGAGCCAAAAUUCUUACGCUCUUUCUUCUAAAUCUCCUACGUGGAUCAUUUGGACAAUUUAGAGUCACCAAUUAAACUAACAUGCAUGUUUUUGGAAUGUGGGAGGAAACCGGAGUACCCGGAGAAAACACCCGGAGAACAUGCAAACUCCACACAGAGAUGCCCAAUGGAGAUUCAAACCCAGAUCUUCCCUAUCUCCUGACUGUGUGGCCAACAUGCUAACCACUAAAUGCUCUGAAGUCGAUUCUGAAAUCAAAAUAUUGAUAGAUUUGAUACUUCAAUUAUAUGAUUUUGUCCUCUGUUUUUUCUGAUGUUGUACAUUAGCUUGGCUAAAUCACCCUACUACCUCAUAAUACUUCAGAGUUUUAAAUAAAUCAAUACAUUACUAUGACGUCUUGUAUUCUUUAUGCUAUGAUUUAAAGUACUUUGCGCUACUUUUAAAAAUUUACCAGACACAUGAGGUCAAUUUGCACAGAAUUUUACCCAGUAUCGGAUCGGCAUUUAAAUCAAUGGUAUCACGCAUCACUAUAGCACACACUGCAGCAAUGUUUACUUCCGUAAACACACGGAAUUGCGUCGUGCUUUUGUGCAUACACAUCACUUUCCCGACGCUUUCCGUUCACAUUAAGAAGUCACAUUUGUUUGGUAAUGUGAACAAACAUAAAAAAUCGGAUUUAAACAAAAAAUCAGGAUUGGGCAUCAUAUCUGCAGUGUGAACCUAGCCCAGGUGUCAGUAAUGUGGCUGUAGUGUUUGGUGAGACACACAAGCACCAGACUUGAUAAAAACACAGGCCGUAACCCAUAACCCGCAAGAUGAAACUCAACUCUGAACCCCGGAUGUCACUUCCCGUCCGCCACUCACUCUGCUCCCCAAGGGAACACAUUUCUAGCAAUUUAUACCACAUACACACAAGCACUAGUUUUAUUUAUGUCUUAAAUGUCUUAUUUUCUCUUAUUAUGGCUACUAUAUUGCAUAAUAGGAGUGUAAAGGUGACUAUAGGGUUGUUGUUUCAUGUUUAUAGAGCUCCAAUAAUGUUAAAAACUGUAUUUCGACGUUCAUAAACAGGUUGCCUAUGCUCUAACUAUGAAAAUUUUAGCUUUAUAAAUAAGGAAUCCUACUUUGCGGAAAUACACUUAUCAUAGACCGGUCUAGAAGCAAUUAACCGUGUUAGAGGAGGGAUAUUACUGUAGCAUUACUGGCCAUAGUUACAGUUUGUAUCCGACAUGAUGGCUCGUAUGUCCCAAAAAUAAGAAUACAACAGUUACUCUCUUUAUGAACUGUCUUUGUAUUUCCUCAUUAACUGUUUUACUGUCUUGUUUUACUGUCUUUUACUUAUCAUACAGUAGAUAUUUUAUGUUCUGUUUUUGUCCUGUGAUUAUUUCAGUUCAGUUUGAUUUGUUUACUUUAGGUUUGUUCCCACUUAUUUUGUUAUACUACAUCGCCCCAGCACCUGCUUCACAAUCAGUUGUGUUUAUUUGAUUUGAUUUGAUGUUAGCAUAGUUCAUUUUGGUUUAGAUGUAUUUUACAAUGAGUCACAACGCCCCCUUCACUGUCACGCCCGUGAUCAUUUUAUUUGACUCUCGUUGAGUUUGGUUGAGAACCAUUGGUAGUGGUUCCCUUCCGCUGUGAUUAUUUGAUGUGAUUUUGCAUUAGCAGUGCACAAAGACAGGCAAUAUCAAUAUGUUAUUUUGGCUGCUGAGAAAAUAAUGAGGGCAUGUAUUAUUCGCACAGUAAUUCGUUCAGCUGUUGCUAUUUUGGUACACUUAUUUGUUACGCCUGGAAACCAGUCAGCGGUUUGUAUGUUUGUUUGAAGUUGUGUUGUGUGUUUUUUUUUCUGCGAUAUGAUUCCGGAGCCAUAUGUGUUUCUAAUUUUCCGUCUGAGCAGCCAUGACAAAUACGUGAGUCACGGGUCGAUAAUGUCUCGCAGCGAUGAGAUCAUAACACAGCCGGCCUCCGGCUGAAAGAGUAAGUCACAGACCUGAACCUCAGAGUGCGUCUGUGUGGUGGCCCGCUGUGUGAGACAGAAUAAUGCUCCAUUGUGGUCCUUGGAGGACCUGUCUGUGGGGUCCAAUUGGGGCACCAUUGCUAUCUUAGUGGGAAAGUGUCACAAGGCAUCCAAUUCAUUUUGGUCCUUUGGUCGGUAUUACAACAUAAUUCAUUAGUUAUUAAAAAAGUAACAAUUGCGUGCGCAAUUUUGAAUUGAUUUGGGAUUUUCUCUCAUUUAUGCAUGGUAAGACUUUUACACUGUAUACACACACUGUCUUAAAUAUUAUAAUAAGUGGUUCUGAAGGGUCUACAACAGCGGUGUCCAAAGUGCGGCCCGGGGGCCAUUUGUGGUCAACGGCGGGUUUUUUUUUAUUGGCCCGCAGCACAUUCUAAAAAUAUAAUUUAACAAGAAAAGAAAAAAAACAACAACAGCAAAAAUUUAAAAAUCAGCAGAUAAUUUUAGACAAAUGAAGUCAAAAUAGUAAGAGAAGAAAGUGGUACUCUAACAAGAAAAAGCUGUCAUUUUACGAGAAUAAACUGUGAAAAAUAAUAUUAUGAGGUAAAAUAACAUAAUUUUAGUAGCAUAAAGUUGAAAUGUUAAAUAAAAAUGAUGUUAUUUAUUUUAAAGAAAAACAAAACAACAAAUAAAGUUGACAUUUUCACAAGAUUAGGUUGCGAAAAGAGUUUUAAUAUAACAAGAAUAAAGCCUAAAUAUUAUUGGAAUAAAGUCAUAAUUACGAGAAAAAAAUGUACAAGAAAGUUGAAAGAGUUGGAAAAUUAAAAAAACAAUAUCAGAAAUGAAAAUAAACAGCUGUAAGUCAAGAUAUUAAGAGAAAAAAGGCAUAUUCUAAAAGUCGCAAUUUUAUGAGAAUAAACUCCUAAUAUUACGAGGAAAAAUUAUGUAAUUUUAGUAUCACAGAGUUGAAAUAUUGAAAAAAUAGAUUUUUUUUAUUUUAAUAUUAUAAGCAACAAAUAAUUUUUGGACAAUUACUUUGGGGGAAAAAAAUCCAAUAUUAUGGGAAUAAAGUCAUAAUAUUACGAGAAGAAAAUUGACAAAGACAAUUGAAAUAUUUGGAAAAUAAAAAAAGAAAUGGCGAAAAGAGCAAAGAGCGAAGUUGAUAUUAUUAUUAUUCCUUUUCACCUACAGUAUGUUCUUAGCAUAUUGUUGCUUUGCAACAGGGGUGUCCAAAGCGUGAUGCGGGGCUAUUUACAUUUUUGGGGGGGGAGAUUGGCCAACAGCACCUUGUAGAAAUAAAAUGUAACCAAAAAAGCCAGCAAAAAUGUGAAAAAUAGAGCAAAAAGGCAACAUAUAAGUUAUUUUUAGCCUUUUUACAAAAUGUAAAAAUACAUAAAAAUAUCAAAGUGGCAAAGCUGUGUCCUUUCAUUUUUCUCUAUGUGAAAAAAAAAAAGUUUGGACACCCCUAGUCUAGAAUGUCUUUUAACUUGACAAGGCCGAGCCUCGUUGACUUGCUGUUAGUGCUCAUGAUGUAAGUUUAAAAUCCAAUAUCGCUACACAAGUAACACAUAUGAAGACAUCCUCGUUCCAUGCGGUCAGUCCAUUGCUGAGCUGUCUGUUCCAGUGUGGUUGCAAGCAGCUGCUGCCCACAAGUCAGUGCUUGAAAAGCACACAGAGGGAGGUUUUUCUCCGUGAGAGGCCGUCCUGAGAAGAGGGUGCAAGGCUGGGAGGGUCUAAAGGGUCUUACCUCUGACCACUGUGCUUUCACAGUCCCCGCAGGAGACACACGCAGUACAGUCGAGUACAGCAGAGGGAAUGAGAAACAUUCAUUCCACACUUGGGACGUGGAAAACCAGGAGGAUCCCACAGUUUUUGGGAUUUUCAUGUUAGAUCAUGGCUGAGGUGAGUCAGCUGGGAAGGGACCCAAGCUUGGCAGUGAGCCUGGACUAAAGCCACGCUUUGCCCCGGUAGAGCGAGAGAGAGUAAGGAAAGUGGUGGGAGCGAUGAGGGAGGCGCUGGAUAGUACUGAUGGAAACCAUGGUGUGGAUGAUGUCAUCAGGCACGCGUCCUGUCUCUGUCUCAGUGACGACUACACGGAGGCCCAAAAGAAUGAGAGAGAGUCCAUCAGGCAGAAGUUGGCCCUGGGCAGUUUCUUUGACGAUGGACCGGGCAUCUACACCAGUUGCAGCAAGAGCGGCAAACCAAGUUUGUCGUCACGGCUGCAGAGCGGCAUGAACCUGCAGAUAUGCUUCGUCAACGACAGCGGCAGCGACAAGGACAGCGAUGCGGACGACAGCAAGACGGAGACCAGCCUGGAUACGCCCCUGUCCCCCAUGUCCAAGCAGAGUUCGUCCUACUCGGACAGGGACACCACGGAGGAGGACUCGGAGUCCCUGGAGGACAUGGACUUCCUGAGUCGACAGAAGAAGCUGCAGGCGGAGGCCAAGCUGGCGUUGGCCAUGGCUAAGCCCAUGGCCAAGAUGCAGGUGGAGGUGGAGAAACAGAAUCGUAAAAAGUCGCCGGUGGUUGAUCUGCUUCCACACAUGCCCCACAUCAGUGAAUGUCUCAUGAAAAGAAGCCUGAAGCCCAACGACCUGAGGGACAUGACGCUGGGACAGCUGCAGGUGAUAGUCAAUGACCUGCACUCCCAGAUUGAGAGUCUGAAUGAGGAGUUGGUACAGCUGCUGGUGGUCCGAGAUGAGCUCCACAUGGAGCAAGACGCCAUGCUGGUCGACAUCGAGGACCUCACCAGGCAUGCCGAGAGCCAGCAGAAACAUUUGGCUGAGAGGACCCUAUCCAAAUAAGAAGGUCGCCAUGUCCCCGCUGCUCGCUCCAGCUCAUCUUCCCUUCCCUGCCGCCUGAACCAAAUAAAGCCCUUCACCAAACCAUCACACCUUCAUCGCCAUCCACAUCUGCUCGCUUGUCUCCCGGCUCUGUUUUACGCCCUCCUGCUCUCCUUCUCCCGCCCACAACCUCCAACUCUCACGCGCUUGCAUCCCAAGGACGGGCGGAGCGUUCCCUGUACUUCCUGAGGAGGAGAGGAACCAGAUGCUGUAUUGUCAUGGAUUCUGUCCCAGCUUCCUGUGCAGUGAUCGGCCUUGCUUUGCUCUCUUUUUACUUUACAACUUUCUACAUUCGCCACUAAAUUAUUACUGUCAAAUGCAAAAAAAAUAAAAAAAUUCAAUGUGGGGGGGAAAAAAAAGUAAAGUUAUAGUGAAAACUUUAGUAGAAAGUCAGUCUUAAGAAUAAAAAAGAAAAAGAAACAACACUGUAUUAAAAAGAUGAUGGCUAAUUAUCUUCAGAGCAUUUUAAGUUGGACUGUAAAGUAUUUCAUAUUCUGCACAAAUGGUAGUUUUCAACUGAGAAAUGUUUAUUUGAAGGUGCUAAAAGAGUGUAAAGGAAACAUGCCUGCCUUGUAGUGGAGUCGUAGCUUUUGGUAAAAAAAAAAAAAAAAAAAAAAUACAUUCACUCCAAUUGCUCUUCAUCUUGAUUUUGUGUCCACAUUUGAAGAAGAAGAAAAAGACGAGGAAUCGGUGUGUUAAUAUGGUUUUCAUCCUACUGUACCCAGAAACUUUAUUUGAGGGGAGAAAAAUGUUUUAUGUACAGAUAUGUAAAAUAAAGAAUAAACUUUGUUUCAUAUACCGACGUGUGCCAUGUUGACUUUGGCGGGCCUUCAGGCCAGCUUCCUCUUUCACAAUGCACAUGUAGCGCAUAAUGCGCUCACCACGAUGCUUUCCGCUGCUGUUUCUAUACACACUGAUGCUAAGUUUCACUGCUUGAAGGCCAGGAAACUCCUGUGGACUUACUCACUCCUUCACCGCUCAAGUUUCACAGCAUCCUCUCUCUCCCUCUCGCACACAACAACAAGCGCAUCAUUCUUCUAUUAAAGGGACGAUCAAAACCAGAGAGUGGAGGAUGGCAGGAAAAGUCCACAUUCGUUUGAAAGCCUCCGAUGAUGACAUUUCACUUUACAUUACACCAUACAACAACCCUUCGUUUAGUGCGGUUGAUUGGUUCCAUACUCGACUGUGUAGUAGGAUUCCUUAAUAUACAGUAUAUAUUUUCAGAGUAAGGGCAUAGAAAACCUGUUUAUGAUCUUCUAAAUGUGUUUUUAACGUCAUUAGAGCCAUCUAGACAUUAAAUAACACCCAUAAAUUCACCUAUAUAUUCGUAUUACCCAAUACAGGCGGUAGAAUCUGAGAAAAUCAGCCAUUUAAGACAGUUUACCUUGUCGGGGAGGAGAAUCGAUGGCGGACCGGAAGGGGGUAUUCUGCAAAGCGAGUUUAGUGUGUUAGCGAGCUGUGUUGAGUGGAAAGCCAGACUUGCCUGUUCAGCAAAGGUAGCUCUCUUUUAAAGCAGCUGUAUCACCAUGGUAACGGGCUAAACCCAUUAUGUCCAGGCCUUCAGCUUAAAAUUGGCUAUAAAUAGAUAUGCUCAAGUUUUGAGGUGAGCAAUAUUGAAAUAUUAGCAAUUAGCAAUAUGAAAUAUUACUAAUGAGGCCAAUGUUAGCAGAUGUAUGUCACAGCAGUCCUUGCGUGAGUGCUCAGCCCGUUAGUCCAUCCAUCCAUUUUCUAUGCCGCUUCUCCUCAUUAGGGUCGCGGGGGUAUGCUGGAGCCUAUCCCAGUUGACUUCGAGCGACAGGCGGGGUACACCCUGGACUGGUCGCCAGCCAAUCGCAGGGCACAUAUAGACAAACAACCAUUCACACUCACAUUCAUACCUAUGGACAAUUUAGAGUCUCCAAUUAACCUAACAUGCAUGUUUUUGGAAUGUGGGAGGAAACCCACGCACAUGCAAACUCCACACAGAAAUGCCCAAGGUAGAAUCGAGGUCUUCCCGAUCUCCAGACUGUGACUGUGUGGCCAACAUGCCCACAUAACCACUAGACCACCGUGCGGCGCCCACCUCGUUAGUCAAAUACAGUAGUACCUCGCAUAACGUAAACCUCCUUUUACGUAAAUUCCACUGAACGUAAAGAAUUUAUGUAAAGUUUUUGCAUCGUAUUACGUAAGAAAUUCCAUAUAACGUAAAGCGUCUUUUUUUUUCAGUCAACUUUAUUUAUGCCUUACAAAUUACACUAACAGUGCAUCAAACCAUGAGCAUUGAAAAAUAACAGUCGGAUAACAAAAACACAUCAAAUAAAUCACACAGAAAUCCAGAUUAAAGAAAUACAAACAUAACAGAAAAGUGAUAAAUAAAUAAAUAAAUAAUAAAUAAAGAUAAUAAUAAUAAUAAUAAUUAAAGUAAGUUACACCAGGGGACAUGAGCAAUGCAAAUUAAAUUGAAUUAAGGAUAUUGAAGUGGGAGCACAGCUUUAUAGUCUUGAUAGCUUUCUUGUUAUUAGCAGAGGAUAUUGAUUUGAAGUACAGCUUCAGUUCUUUCAUGAAAACAUAAAAAAGGGGUUUCACUUGUGGCAAAUUUAAAGUCGGUGCAAGUUUUUUUCUUUUUUAAAGUCGGUGCAAGUUCAGACUAACAGAGUACUGUACACUUGGUGACGCCUUUCAGUUUUAUCCAUUUACAGUAAUCUUAUUUAUUACCUUAUUUUAUAUUGGAAUGUUACUCUACUAUGUUUAUGCUAACGUUUUCUUAUAUUUUCCCACCAUAUUUGGUGGACUUUGAAUAUUUUGAAGGACCAAAGGGGUGAGUUUGGGAAGCUCUUGAAACGGAUUAGGCUAUUUACAUGUAUUUUACGCGCUCGUAUAACAUAAAAACCCUAUAUCAUAAAGGUUCUCGGAACGGAUUAUUUACGUUGUAGGGGCGUCUACUGUAUUACAAUAUUUGCUGGAGGAAUAAGCACUCUGAGGCAUCAAUCAAGUGCAAUAAAACACUUGUUUUAUUAUAAUUUUAUAUAAGGAAAAUAUUGUACAAGAAGAGAAUGAAAAAGGUCUCCACAAAACACGUCACACAAAAACACUGCCAUCUAGUGGUCAGAAGCAUUUGAAAAUAUAUAUAUAAGUAAAAAUAUUAAAUAUAUAUAUAAGUUGCAAUC